AUGACUGAUCCUUUUGUAGUAUGGGAAAGGAGGAUAUUUCCUUCUUACUCCUCUUUUUGGCUUGUCAGACUAGACCUUUCUCCUUUUGUAGCCAAAGGAGCUCGAGGCAAGUCUGCUAUUGGCUUGGAAGGCACCUUCUUGAUACUUCUCCUGCCUGCUGGCCCUUCUUUGCUCUUGAGCACAAAGAGCAUUGAUCAGCUCAAUCAAAGAGAUACUAGUCAAAUAUUUCGAGUCUUCAAGGGAAGAGAUCUUUGCUUCAUAUCUCUCAGUUAUAACUUCAUCGAGGGAAAAAUACCGCAUCAAUUUGAUAACGAUGUUAACAUCAACAUUUUGGAUCUUAGCUACAACAAUUUGACAGUUAUUGGUUUUCAUCUGAUUUAUUUUGGGGAAACAAGUAUUUGUGUGGAAACCUACCAGAUUUCUCUCCUUGCCCUUGAAAUCAUUCUUCCAGUUCUCUGUUUUUUGGCCUUCUUGACUUUAGGAGUUUUACUCUUCCUUAGAUCCAGAGCCAAAGAUAACAUUCCUGAACCAAAUGUCAAAAAAAAUGGAGAUUUAUUUUCAAUCUUGAACUUUGAUGGAAGAAUUGCAUUUGAAGAUAUCAUUGAGGCGACCAACGACUUUGACAUCCGAUACUGUAUUGGGACUGGUGGUUAUGGUUGUGUUUAUAGAGCACAAUUACCAAGUGGAAAGAUUGUUGCCUUAAAGAAACUACAUCGUAGAGAAUCAGAGGUCCUAGCUUUUGACAAGAGUUUCAAGAAUGAGGCAAAAAUGUUAUCAGAAAUACGACACAAGAACAUAGUGAAGCUUCAUGGAUUUUGUCUCCAUAAUCGUUGCAUGUUUUUAAUUUAUGAAUACAUGGCUGGAGGGAGCUUAUUUUGUGUCUUCUUAGACAACACCGAAGCACUGGAGUUGGAUUGGAUUAAAAGAGUAAAAACAGUCAAAGAUACAGCAUGUGCUUUAUCUUAUCUGCAUCAUGAUUGGCACCCUGCAAUAGUUUAUCGAGACAUAUCAAGCUAUAACAUUUUAUUGAACUCCAAUCUUGAGGCUUGUAUCUCGGAUUUUGGCACAGCUAGACUCCUUGAUCCAGAUUCAUCCAAUCAGACAAUGCUUGUCAGAACCAACGGCUAUAUUGCGCCAGAACUUGCUUAUAAUAGUGUAACUGAAAACUGCGAUGUUUAUAGCUUUGGAGUAUUGGCACUUGAAACACUCAUGGGAAAGCAUUCCAGUGAACUCUUGGUAUCAUUAUCGGCAUCAUCUUCCAAGAACAUAAUCUUAAGUGAUAUUUUAGAUCCACGCUUAUCGCUUCCAAGCGAUCGAAGAGUUGCAAAGGAUAUCGUUUUUGCAGCAACAAUGGCCUUUGCUUGCUUAAGUUUGAACCCAAAGUUCCGACCAACAAUGAAGUGUGUAUCACGAGAGCUUCUUUCCCGGAAAAGACUGGUAGCACACCGUCUCCAAGCUGUCUCACUGCUGCAACUCAAGGACCGUGAUCUGUAUAUGGAUGAAGGCAGAAUUCAAUCUCAGAAUUCGGGGGAUAUUGUUGAAAUCCAAGCUAGUUCUUCAACUUGAUUUUCAUGUAUAGCAUUAUUUGAACAAAGCAAGGCAUCUUUGCGUUGUUUGACCUCUUCACUUCCAUUCUUUCCAUUCAAUAUCAGAUGCUUGUUAAUUCUAUCAUUAGAAUUUUGAAAACUGCCCUUUGUGUAUGGUUU